CAUCGCCGUCGUCCAUGUGAUCAAGAACUAGUGCGCGAAAGUCGUACCAAGUCCGGGCGCUUGCAAAGUCUCUCGUCUUCAGUCUUGUGAAAUCGAAGCGGAAGUGGUGGCUCGCUUGGUGAGAAGAGAGAACUGGAGAGUGAGAGAGUGUAAGAGAGGAAAAACUAAGGGAGGUUAUCGCACGAGUAUAGUAGAGUCGCUUCAGGGUGAUUGAUCCCAGUAAACAGGUGCAGUUCGAUCGGUGACCGAUUAGUUGGCCAUUAUUGGUGCUGGUACGCGGCUAAUAGUGCUCGCGAUGUGUGUGCAAAUCGUGUCGCGGGUGCGUAAAUACGUCUGAAUCGUGGGGCGAGGCCCGCACGGUUUCUUCUCGCUCCGGCUGAUCUCAACGUGAGACAUGAGUGUUUACAACGCCACGGUGGUGGUGGCCGCCGCUGCAGCCGCUGCCGCCGCCGCGACGCCCGACGGCGCCGAUGACUGGGUCGAGUUUUGCGACAGACACGCCCGCGCUGCCGCAUCGGAUUUUGCUAAGGCCUUUUGCACCUACGUCAGCCUCAAUUUGCCUGAAAGUGCAAGGGCCACCCUCUCGCAUCGUGACUUCCUCAGGAAGUUCGUUGAGACCUUCUGCGACCACUUCGAGAGCGAGUACCUUAGACGGAGUGCUAGGUCUCCUUCGUUCUAUGACCCAAGACAUUCUACAAACAAUGACAGAGAAGCCAAUUCUUCAAAUCAAAAUAAUAGACCACCAGUACGUGCGUCUUCACAUGAAGAAUUUAGCGAUUACUCCGAACAGGAUGGCGAGGCUGUAUCUCCAAAACCAGUGCACAAACCAUUCUUCCGAAGAUUAUCAUUUAAGGGUCUUAAGAAGGGUAAAGGAUUCUUUCACAAGCAGCAGAGCGACGAGGUGAAGCUCUCUCAGAGUGAAAUUUACAAGGAUAAACAUUCUAAGGCAAAACUUUCAAAGAUCGUUGUGGAGUGUAGAAAGGAAGGCAUAGUGAAUUCCCUCAUGGGAGAGAAUAUUGAUGGCACACAGAAAUGGGAAAAGUCUCGACUAGCACUAAUUAAAGCCAUAGGUGGUUACAUGUUAGAAUUUUAUUCACCACCAAAAGCAGUAAAACCACGAAGUGGAGUUUUUUGCUCAGCAAUCACGGAAGCACGAGAAACAACCGCCCUGGAGAUGCCGGACCAUGAAAACACAUUCGUACUCAAGACUCAAAAUAUGGAGUUUGUCAUAGAAGCUUAUGACUCAAACGACAUGAGAUCUUGGCUGGCAACGAUAAAAUACUGCAUGAGAACCGUGCAGCAAUGUUCUGUAGCCACGGGCUCCGGUAAUAAUGAUUCUGGAGUGGGAGAUUCCUUAGCUCAUGGCUCUUCGUCUUUGAGUACAGAAGGAGAUAGGCUAAGGGCGAAUUCUACGAGUAAGAAUUCUAGGACUGCACAUGACCAUACAGAUGAACAAGGUAAUCCACCAGAAUUACCUCCAAGACUUCGACUAAGCAGUAAUAGCAAUCUGGAACUGUGUUCUUCCCAACAAGAAAUAGAACAACUAACAAGCAACGAUGGCGAGUUAGACUUAUCUAGCAGUUUACGAGAAUAUGCAUGGUUUCAUGGUACACUACCUAGAUCCGAUGCUGCACAGUUGGUACUACACAAUGCUGCAAAUGGCCACGGCGUCUUCCUGGUUCGUCAAAGUGAGACGCGAAAGGGAGAAUUCGUUCUUACUUUUAAUUUUCAAGGAAGAGCAAAGCAUCUCAGGAUGACCCUGAACGAUCAAGGUCACUGUCGAGUCCAACAUCUCUGCUUUCCGGCAAUCUACGAUAUGCUCGAGCACUUUCGUCAGAAUGCCAUACCUCUCGAAUCUGGUGGCACUGCUGACGUUAUGCUGACUGACUACGUAGUGGCGAAUCCCGUUUCAAGAACUACUCACCACAACGUGACCGGGGUUGGUUCUCAGCAGCUCCAGGAGAGGAGACCGGCUGCAGCCCCGGAGCCCAGAGAAGUAAGAGUCAGCAGCGGAAGUCUAACCCCUCUUGAGUGAGAGCGAGUGGCCGACUCCCACAGUCUGAAGUCUGAUCUACAGACAGUUCAGACUCACGGCGGUUCCAUAAGAACCCGUGCAGAAUCGUUGGAACGACUGGAACAACAGAUCAACAAUGCGGAACAACAGAGUUCGGCCUCGUCUAGUGGAAGAGCCGUACAGAAUGCAUACAGCUUCCUUUGACGCUGGAUACGAAGUAAUUUACCAUCGGACUACCAUCCGGUUAGUCCCUCAGACUGAAUAUUCUCCGUACGUCGAACAACACUUGAACAUUUAUUCGAAUGGGUUUACGUAACAGGCUGAUCAAAAAAUUAUCCAAAUCGAAUGGAACCGAACGCGGUAGCCGGCCGUUCUGUGAUAAGGAACGAAAUGUUUAUUAUACUGUUUUAUUUAUAGUUUUUAUUUAAACAGCCACAGUCUCUAUUGAGAUGCCUCUACCGGUAUAAUCGGGAGACUCAACUCCUUUCAAAUGAUCAUAUAUAUAUAUAUAUUUAAGAUGCUUUAAUCAAAACGAGAAUGUAUUUCCUACAGAUAGGAACUUUCUCUUUUUGUUCUGUUAUCCCCUUUUUUUUUACUUCAAACUCAUAUCUCUAUGCCUCCCUUCUUCUUCAGUUUUUUUAUUCAAUAUUUUUACAGUUCCUGUUCUUUUUAUUCCUCUGUCUCCCUUUCCCUCUCGCUCUCUCGCAAUCACGUAAGAGGUUUUAAUAUGUAUAUAUUUUUUCUCGUUUUCUCAGGUAUAUGUAAUUUAUCUGUUUGAUUAGCCGUUUAUGUUUAUAAUAGGUACCAUACUAUGUUCCUUAAAUGCAAUAUGACACAGUGUAUUGCUGUAUCGUUGACUUAGCUCAUUCGGAAGAUCCUCGUACGUAUCUUUAAGGUGACUGAGGAGUGCAAACGCCCAUCUUGAAUUUCUAAUCAUGAAAAUCAUUAAUUAUUCCGCAUGAAAGCACCAUGCAAGUAACAGUGCAGCUUGCAAAAAUUGACGAGCACGAUGUUCGCAUAACAAUUUAUUAUUACAAUAUUUCAUUUGAGAAAGUACUUCACAGUCCCCUUGAGCAAAAAUCAUGUACGAUUACGCUUAGCCGUGACUAGUAUGUAUAACGUGCUACAGAUGCUCAACACUUGAUCUUCUCCUUUGAUUGUAAGACGAUAGCGCAACAUGUAUUUUUAUUUUUUUUUUUAUUUUUAUCCCUACGUUAUCACUCAAUGUCUUCGUCAUCCUUAUCGCAGAACUAUGUUCGUUCCCCACGUCCGAUCCCGGUAAAUAUUUUCGAAACGGAGAUUUCGAGUUUGUGGUCUUUGACGAUGGGAGCGACAUCGUGCGUGCGCAUGCGCAAUCUAACCUAAAUUUAAUGAUAGUUUUCCAAGCUUUACUUAUUUUAUACGAUUAGUAUUUAUUCCAUAGAUACACGUACUUGCUAAGACGUUGUAUCUAGAGAUGAGAUUUUUUCUGUUUCUCGUUUUCUCUUUUUCAUCCACGAAAAGAAAAGUCGGCGCGUGGGAAACCGCAACUUGCCGCGCAAUUGUAUAUUGUAUUCCUGACAAUCUUUGUGUGCCGAUCCUGUCCGAUCUCCUAGCUUCUACUUUUUACUACGUAUACGGUGCCUUUCGCGUCCCAUUUAAUUAUUCCCGAACAAAUUAUAUAAGCAUUACAAAUGCCGUGUGCAAUAAUCAGCGAAGCCGCAACCGAUAUUUUUAGAGAUACAUAUGUCUGCUGGUUACACGCGACUGGCUGCUAUAGUCCAACCUCGCGCGGUCCCCACGCGACGAUAUUUUACCUUCUUCCUGUCGUUAUCUGUAGGCAAAGAUACUAGCAUAAACGACGGCAUGUACUGUCGAUUCAUUCGAAAGGGUGGAUUGUCCAAUCCAAAUAAUAUUAAUUCAAAUGAGUAAUUAUCUGACUGAUUUAAUUAUAUCGAGUGAACUCGAAGGAAGGAUUUGUCGCGCGCCUGUAUAAUUAAUAUAAAAAUUCCCGCGGUAAAUCAAGCACGAUGGCCUGGAGCGAAUUUUCAAAUUUCCAUACAAUUCAUGACCUCACGUUUGAAUAGUACAGGAUAUUCACGUAAACCUGUAUGUAAAUUCUUGACGAAAGUUCAAAACUUCGUAAAAAAUUUUUCUUUCGAAAAAAAAAAUAUCACGAUCGCUUAAUAAGUUUUCCCAAAGUCGACGUUUUACCCGUCUUCUUUUUUUAUUUUAAUUUUUUUUUAAUAUCCUCGGAGAAGAAUGAAGCGAAGUCAACACCACACAAGUUUCUUGGCAAUUUCUAAUUAAAAAUAAUUUUAAAUACAAUUUCAAUACGUAUACGAAAAUAACUAAACAUUUUCUUUUUCAUUUGUAAAAGAGUAUCCUUCGCUAUUUCUUUUAUUGAAGUAGCUACGUUUGUACAGAUUUUAAUACUGAAGACUGCCCUUUCCUCUGUUAUCCUUUUUUUGUUACAAAUCUUCAUAUACUUAUUACUACAUGCAUAUACAUACAUACGAACUAUAUAUCGAUAAGCUAUUUUCCUAAUGAAACAGAAUGUGCAUUCUAUGUUUACUUCGGUUUAAGCCUAGGCGUCGUUACGAUUUCUUCCUACGAAUGAGAAGUGCAUUUUCUUUUUUCCUCUUCUCUUUUUCUAUUUCACUUUUUUAGUCUCUCUGCCUCUUCUUUGAAUUCAGAUUCUUUUAACGUUAACUAUUAGUAGAACUUAUUGUCAACGGGAUAUUUAUCUAGAUUAGAAAAAGCCCUCUUUAUUUCUAAAGAACAGCAAGUCACACGUGUAAUUGUAACUAUCUUGAGUAUAAUGUGUACAGUACAUACAUAUCGCUCGCGUAGAAGUCUCGAUAUAAUUUCAAUUACGCCAUGAUAUCGCUAAUGUUUUAAUGUUCGGUUCUAAAGGUCUUGCAAACUUCGUUUGGAAGGUAAAAUAAUAAUUGGGAGUCGUAGAAACUUGUAUGAUAUUAUAAAGAAAAGCUCCAAUUACGAAAAAAAAAAAUGAGACGAAAAUAUCCCGCCGCUUAUUAUUAUUUUAUUGAUAAAUACGAUCGUUUUUCAAUUGAUGUCUAAAAGAAAGAAAACUACGCAACCAGUACAUAUCUCGUUCGUGAAUUAUCUCCGGCUUUUCCAGUUUUUAUUAAAGCGAAAUAGCGUAGGUGACGAUGAUUGCUUUUACUAUCGGUGAGCGAUUGAAACGCGAUUUCAUAGAUUAUUGAUUUUCCUUACGCGUUGCACAAAGAGAAAAAGAGGAGGAAAAAAGGUAAAUGAAUAAAAAAAAAGAAUAAUCCUAACCACAUUAAUGUCCACAUAUUCGAUGAGGAGGAUAAUCGACCAGUGUGCGAGCUUUGUAUUGUUUUUAAUGCCGAAGUGUAACGAAUUGAUUCCAUCGUUAUGUGUUCUUCGAUGCUGUCACGGAGUGUAUAACUCAACGAGUAUACUAAAACUAAGUACCAGAAAAAAAAGAUUUAUGUACAGUACCAUCUAGUCUAAAUAAAUUAAGCUCUUAACAAAUCAA